GUGAACACUUACACAUGAGUAAAUUUACACCAGGGGGUCUUCUCACUGAGUCAGUGGAAAUACUCUUGUGCUUUGCAGGCUCUAAAUACCAAAUUUUGGAGUUGCAUUUCAUUCUACCACAACAACAAACACUACUGAAUGAAUAAUAGGGAACAAAACCCCUGAACUGUUAAGCCUAACAAAUGCCUGAACAUUAAUGCAUCCGUAAUUUUAGGUCAUAAAAUUCAGUUGAGUGUAAGUGGAAAUGUAAAUUCGGGGUGCUCUUAUUCUUCUCCAGGGUAACGGGACUAAAUAUGGACAAAUUUCCAUGGCAAUUAUCAUGACAAGAUGCAGCACUUCAAUUAGGAGAAGCAUGUUCUGUGCUACUGUACAAGGAACCCCUAAAGACAAGUUGUGCAUGUGGCAGCUUUCAUGGUAGAAAUAAUUUGUACUGGGGGGGAAGGGAACCAUACCUAUGAAUUCAAUACCUUCUAGAAAGGAAAAUCUUUUUAAGAAGGAAGUUAAAAUUUCUCAGUGCUCAUAUGGGGAAAAGAUCUCUGCACUUUUUACUGACAUUUGCUUGGUUAAGAUAAAGGAUUAGCCUGUCAGAGUGAAUUUAAAGUUGCUUUGAUUUUUUUUUUUUUUUUUGGGUAUCCUAUUAAUAAGAUGUCUGGUUCAUAUUACUGUCAUUAUCUAGUUCUGGAGCCAGACAAGUGUUGGGGUUUUCCUAGUAGGAAGAAAAGCAUUCUUAUCAAAUAAACAAUAUGAUCAAACUACAGACUUGUGUUGCCGAGCUACUAAUUGCUCUUUGUUAUGCUGUUAACAGCAGUUUUUGAACGUGUUAUUUAGUGAAUGCAUGAGUAGAUUGUCUGACUUAUUCUAGCAAGAUCUUCAAAGACUGAAAAGGAUGAUUAUUUUAGGCUGAGUGAGGACCCUUCACUCAUUGUGAAGCUUCUUAACCCCACAGUGGUACAUUUCCUAAUAGUUUAUUUUUAAGAAAGCUUGCUUUUGUGCUUUUUAUUGAGUUUAAACAGUGCAGUGGCUGUUGACUGUGCCGUGGACUGUCAUGGCAUGAAGCUUUGUUUAAAAAUGUAAAAUAUAGUGCCUGAGUUCUCAUUUAAACUGUAUACUGGAGGCUUUUUCUUUUGACUGCAGUUGUUCUUCAGUCCUGUAAAUUAUCUGUGUUUAUUGCAAAGUACAAGUACUCCAGAACUCUUCAUAUAGCACUCAUAGCUGUAUGUAUACAUAGUAUAUAUGUAUAUAUACUGUAUAGUAUAAUGGAGCAGUUACCCUGAAGUGUGGAAACAUUUAAGUGUGUGUGUGUGUGGCUCUUUAAAGGCAACUGCAAAUAUUAGCUUAAGAAAGAGAUUUAUGCACUGCUUAAAAUAUGUUUCUGUUUUGUAGGCCAAACUAUGUUGAUGCAGACCCUUUUGGCAGCCUGGAGACACGCCGGAUCCUGGUGACAGCAAUGUAAACUUGAAUUCAGCAGAAUCUCAGAAGUCCUGUAAAAUGGAGGAACUGUAUAAGGACACACAAAACCUGCCCAUGGAUGUUACCAGCAAUCCUUCCACAAUAGCCAACAAUAAACUAGAAAAUGGAGUCGCUCAGCUGAUAACAGCUGAAGCCUGGAACAUCAACUCAACAGACCUGAUGAAGAAAGCACUUUCUCCACUAGUGACUGUCCCAGCCCCUUCCAUCCUCACCCCACCCGCUGAGUCCCAAAGUGGGGUCGCUCUUAAAGUAGCAGCCACAGUGCUCCAGCCAAUUUGUUUAGGGGACAGCCCUGUGGUUCUGCCAAUACACUUGCAAGUAGCAGGGAGUACCACCCCUCAGAUUACUCCCAGCAACAAUACUCCCUACGUUAUGACAACUCAAGGUCCGGUUCCACUACCUGUCCUCUUAGAGCAACAUGUGUUUCAGCAUUUAAAUUCUCCAUUGGUAUUACCUCAGGGUGCUCCCUGUGCUACAAAUCCCAUUCACAACAAUAUUUUCCAGGGUUCUUCCACCCCUGUCACACAACCCCAGCUACUGGAUCAGAAACCAUCUAGCCAGGCCCAGGAGCCUGUCCUACCCCCAGUGUUUCAGACACCGGGAUUUGCAGCAGUCCUUCAGGAUUUGUUUCCUUCCCAGGGCACCUUAGGCUCUACUCCCUGUCAGCCACCUCCCGAUUACUCUUCUCUCCCACCCCAGGCUUUUGGUUCCCCUCUAUCUCCAUUAGUACCGCCCGCCACCCUUCUGGUACCAUACCCUGUGAUUGUUCCUCUGCCUGUCCCAGUCCCCAUUCCUAUCCCUGUCCCUAUUCCCGUGCCUCACAGUCCUGAAUCCAAGGUCAAUCCAGACUACCCCAAGACGCCGUUGUUCACUCCACAUUCCUGCAAAGGCACCCAAACCCCUCUGGAGAAGGAGGAGUCAAAACCCUUUGACUUCAUCCCCACAAGGGAAUUUUCCCAACUUAAUCGCCACACUGUCAUCAAGAUGAGCAAUGAAAAUGAAGCCCUGGACCUCUCCAUGAAAACGAUGCCCUUGCUAAAGGCUAGUGAAGCCAGUCCUCAGGUCUCACUUGAAGAUGGAGCUUUAGACUUGUCAAUUGCUUCCUGUAGGAAGACGGGCAGUAUGGGGGUCCAGGCUGAAGCAGCUAGUGCCCUUUCCUCUGGCUCCAUAAUGGACAGUGCUGUUCAUGCCAUGGUAGAUAAACUCUCUGGUGUUGCAGCUCCUUUUAUCCCUUCAAAACCACAUGAAACCUCAGCCAAGGUUGACAGCAGAAUCAUCAGUAGCAACUCAUCCGACCUCCUGAGACAACAGCAAAAGUGGCUGGUGGAUCAGACUAGCAGAACAUCCUGUGAGCCUAAGGCUGGGAAUAAUAUUGAGAUCGUGAGCACUUCACAGACAGCCAAAGUGAUAGUCUCUGUCAAAGAUGCUGUGCCCACUAUUUUCUGUGGCAAGAUAAAAGGCCUCUCGGGAGUAUCCACCAAAAACUUUUCCUUUAAAAGGGACAUGCCACAGGACUCUGUGCUGCAGUGUUAUGAUGUGAAGAAUCAGCCAGAGUCCAGGGAUAAUGCAGAAGCUCUUAGAAAACCUGUCAAAAACAGGAGUGUAAAGUUAAAGAAAAUGAACUCACCGGAAAUACAUAUUCUUCCAAUCAAGAAGCAACGGCUCGCUGCCUUUUUUCCAAGAAAGUAAAUUAUGAGUUUUUAGAAUUUUAAGAUAUAAUAAUAAUUAUUAUUAUGAUGAAAUAAAAUAAAAUAACAUGCACUUGGGUUUAAAAUGCAUUUAAAACUUUUAAACUAUCUUUGUAAGUUAUUUUUUGGGGGAAUGGAAGAAGUUCAUAUGUAGAUUCCCUAUAAGCUGGGGCUGUCUUCUUUUUUUGUUUUGGUUGGGGUUUUUUUUGGUUUGGUCUUUCUGGUUAUUGAUUUUUAAAUUUUUUUUUUUUUUACUUUUCAUGAAAAAGUAAAUAAAAAGCAACUUAUUUUUCAAGCGGAUUGCACAUUUUGCAGCUUUAAUGGAAAAAUGGAUGAGUCAGAGGGGUGAGAGCUGUUUUCACUGCCAUAAAGUGCUUUGAUGAUGUAAUUCUUAAUAAUGGGUAGAAUGGACAUUUCAAAAUAAAUGUUUGUAUGUGCUAAUUGGUUGCGGUAUUUUGUCAUUUAUAAAUUGCUUUCAUUCUAUGGAAAGGUUUGGCAAAAGUCUGUAAACUGUAAAGCACUACAAGUUUAUCUGUGUUAUAGCCCUAUAAUGUUAACAUCACCAGGCUCAGAAAAAUUAUAUUGCUCAACAGCACCAUCAGAGAGAACCUCUGAACAGCCAGUAAUGAUACGUUUUGAUUUGUCUUCAAUAAAAGUGAAAGAAAAAGAUUCAUGUUAUACAUAACAAAUGCACAGGAAAUGCUAGCUUGAUUAGUAGAAACAAAUAUAGAUCAGUUUGUAAUUGCUAAACAUAAAUGCUGAUUUAAAAGGGAAAAACAGAACAAAACUUAAAGGCGGGGGAAUUUGACAGCGGGUGAGGAAAAAACUCAUAAUUUUUCCCAGCCUGAAUAUAGAUAUAUGGAACAGUUGUUCAUUGUUAGUUUUACCAUUUCUUGAUGGCUGAAACCAAUGCACAUGAAAGAGUAGAACAAUGUAACUUUAUUACGUAACAGUGUAAAAGCCACCCACAUGAAUGGCGAAAUGUGAAUGUAAAAUUCAAAUAAAAAUUCUGCUAGGU